CACUAUCUCGCCGCGAAGGCACACGUUCUCUGACGUUCUCCUCGCGCAGUAUGGUAUGGCCCGCUCGAUUCCUAUCGUGAUCCAUUCAACCACGUUUGCUCGAAGAGGUAUCGUUUCAUUCUCAAACGUAAUUGUGCACAUAUAAUCCAAUACUCACCAUGGAGGACGAUUGGGAAGUCGUCGAAAACGCUGAACCGAAAUUCGACCUCGCUAUCAGAUCCAACAAGUGGGAGGGCGAGGACGAGGAAGAGGAAGUCAAGGAUAGUUGGGAGGAUGUUGAAGAAGAGAAAAAAGAUGUAGAAAAACCUGCAGAAGUGUCUAAGGCCAAGCCAAAGCCAAAGAAAGCUCUGGCAGAAAGGAUUGAAGAGCGUGAGAAGAAGGCUAGAGAAGAGGCUGAAUUGAAAGCAAAAGAAAGAGAAGAGGCAUUAACACCAGAGGAAAAGAGAGCAGAACAAUUGAGGCGUCAGAGGCUUCAAGAGGAAGCCGACCUACGCCUUGCCAUGGAGACUUUCGGUGUAACUGAAGAGUCUGCAGUGAGUCUGGAUACCACAGUACCCAACACAAAAGAAGAGUUCGAUUUGUACGGAAACGUACUUACGCAAAAAUUGAAUCAAUUUUCUAAACACACCGAAUUCGCACCAUUCGCAGAAGAACUUAUCAAGUCUAUUGCUCUCAAUCUAUCGUCAACGUGUUUGAAGAAAGUAAAAAUAAUAGUUGAUAAUCUCUUGAUCGAGAAACAGAAGAUCGAGAAAGGGGACAAGGCGAAAAAGAACAAGGGCAAGGGAAAAGCGAAACUCAAAAUCGAGGGUGAAAAUACUCUUUUGAACGAAUACGGCGAUUACGUUUACGAUGAUUACAACGAUUUCAUGUAGCGACCUUUUUAUCCCAUAUUCUUACUAUUCCCCAUUCCCUUUACUAGUCGCCUAAAUACACGCAGAUGGUUAUUAACA